AUGCUUAGGUUAAAUAAACGUAGUUUGCGAGCCUGCGUAGGUUAUGCACGUUGUCUCAUAAUGUUAAGUAAGUGGUCAGUGGCUGAGAAGUUUCUUCGUCAAACAUUAGCAGCCCAUCAAAAUUCAGCUGAAGCAUGGUACUUGCUAGGUCUGGCAAGACGUAAACUUUGCAUGUAUGAGGAAGCAAAUUUAGCUUUUCGUACAGCACUCGAAAUACAGCCGAAUUAUGCUGCUGCGCAACGUGACCAUAGAAUUUUGCAUCAUUUAAGGGAUGAGCCUAUGGAAAAACGAUUGGAGCUGUAUAAUCGCAUGACGACGAUCUGUAAUAAAAUUAGAGAAGAAACUUCUUACACAUACAAUAUAUUGUGUAAUGAUGGUGGUGGUAUUCGAGGUCUAAUCUCUGCGAUCUGGACUGCUGAAAUUGAGCGUCUUACUAACUCUUCAGCUGUUUCACUCUUUAACAUGAUGUCAGGUACGUCUACGGGUGCCAUCGUAGCAGCGGGUCUAUGCGCACCUAACCGAGAGCACCCAACCUUGCCUCGUUAUAAAGCAGCUGAUAUAGUUAAACUCUAUGUAGCAAAUGGUAACAAAGUGUUUGAAAAGCCACGUGGCAGAUGGUGGUACAAUUUUCGACGUGCUGUAACGCAAGAAGCAAAAUAUAUAUCUGAAAGUCGACAUAAACUAUUCAAAGCGUACUUUGAUCACACCAAGUUAUCACAUAUGCUGAGUGAAUUAGUAGUUCCAGCUGUAAAAAAUGAUUCACAAAUUACACAUUUAUUCAAUAAAUAUGACUGCCGAAAUGAAAACGCAGUUGAUUAUGAAGUACAUGACGUACUAAUGUGCACGACAGCUGCGCCAACGUAUUUCAGUCCUCAUAAGCUUGGAACGUGUCAGUAUGUUGAUGGAGGUAUCCAGAUGAAUAAUCCAGUAAUGGCUGCCUAUAGUGAAGCAUUACGUUACGAUCCCUCGAGAAAAGAUAGACUUUUUGUCCUAUCACUUGGAACUGGUGAUUACGUUCCAAAUCCGUUACAUCCCAGUGCCGAUCGGCAUUUGCUAUUCUAUGGAAAGCAUACCCAAGAAAUCUUGAAUAUAGUUGUCGACGGACCACAGUACAAUGUUGAUAUGCAUAUGCUAUCUGUGUUGGGUAAAGAGCGAUAUCAACGUUGGCAAGUGUGGUUCGAAGAACCAAUUAGUUUAGACGCUGUAGAUAAAGCUAGUAUAGAUAUGUUAUUUGAUAAGGCACGAGAAUUUUUUUGA